UACAGUUUAUUCAAACAAACCCAUCAACCAUGAACACUCUGUUUGUUGCCGUCAUUGCCUCUUUGGUCGCCCUCUCCGCUGCCAGCCCUUCGGGUAUCCUGGGAGGAGCAGUGCUCGCAGGCCCUGCAGGAAUCGCUGGACCCAUCGGUACACUUGGUUGGGGUGGGGGCGCUGUGUUAACCGCCCCCACUGCCGGCGCCGUGAUUUCCGGGCCCGGGUUAGGGCUCGCCGCCCCUCUUGCCCUUGCUGCUGCCCCUAUCGCUGUCGCCGCUCCUUUGGGAGUUGGAGCUAUCACUAAUGGAGGUGGUACCAUUAGCGCGAGUGGUGCAGGGGCUGCUAUCCGUGGACCCGGAACCGCUCCAGUUGUGGUGGCUGGACCCUCUGGAAAAAUUGCUGCUGAUGGGCUCUGGGGACCUACCGCCAAUAUCGGGCUAAAUGCCAUAGGGCUAGGCAAAGCUUGGUAACUCGGAUUCACGAAAACUGGUUUUUCACUGCCUUGUUAAUGAUAACUUAGCUGUUUUUUGUGUUGUGAUUUAAGUAUAAUAUGCACUGAAUAAAUGACUGAUUAUGUAAAAUGUAA